GGCUACUUUUGUCACACGGAGGGAUCAGAGGCAUUGAGGGAGCGAACGGAGUUUUCAGAAGGACGGGGGGGCUCCGACUCCUCGCCUAAAAAUGCCGAAUAAAGGGAAAAAAUAUAAGGAAUCUUCCAAGCCUGUGAAAUCAAGCAAACCUGGAUGCAAAAAUGGACAUUCCAACUCUGACCAUGAGGGUUCCAAUAAGAAGAGCGCGCAGCCGCCUAACACCCAGCUGCUGAGGGUGAAACCUGGCUCAAACUCAGCAGUCAAGAGGGAGCGGAGGCUGAGUGCAUCUGUCUUCCCCAUCAGCACCAAUAGGAAGCUGCAGACGCUGCCUGCUAUUAAAGACUGUGCUCCGGCAGAGCAGGAGAAGCUGUUUGUGCAGAAGCUGCGCCAGUGCUGCGUGCUCUUUGACUUCCUGUCAGACCCACUAAGUGACCUGAAAUGGAAGGAGGUGAAGCGGGCGGCGCUGAGCGAGAUGGUGGAGUACAUCACGCACAACCGGAAUGUCAUCACAGAGCCCAUCUACCCAGAGGUGGUGCACGUGUUUGCGGUGAACAUGUUCCGAACGUUGCCUCCGUCGUCCAACCCCACAGGAGCAGAGUUCGACCCCGAGGAGGACGAGCCUACACUUGAGGCUGCAUGGCCACAUCUCCAGCUCGUCUACGAAUUUUUCCUUCGGUUUUUAGAAUCUCCUGACUUUCAACCGAACAUAGCGAAGAAGUACAUCGACCAGAAGUUUGUGAUGCAGCUUUUAGACCUGUUUGACAGUGAAGACCCGCGGGAGAGGGACUUCCUCAAAACAACUCUCCACAGGAUAUAUGGGAAGUUCCUGGGACUACGGGCCUACAUCAGAAAACACAUCAAUAACAUAUUUUAUAGGUUUAUCUAUGAGACUGAGCACCAUAAUGGAAUAGCAGAAUUACUGGAGAUACUUGGAAGUAUAAUCAAUGGGUUUGCCUUACCACUAAAAGAGGAGCACAAGAUAUUCCUUUUAAAGGUCCUGUUGCCUUUGCACAAAGUCAAAUCACUUAGUGUCUACCAUCCGCAGUUGGCAUACUGUGUGGUGCAGUUUCUAGAGAAGGACAGCACUCUCACUGAACCAGUGGUCAUGGCCCUUCUGAAAUACUGGCCCAAGACUCACUCCCCCAAAGAGGUGAUGUUCCUUAACGAGCUGGAGGAGAUUCUAGACGUCAUCGAGCCAUCCGAGUUCGUCAAGGUCAUGGAGCCACUGUUCAGGCAGCUGGCCAAGUGUGUGUCCAGCCCACACUUCCAGGUAGCAGAGAGAGCUCUGUACUACUGGAACAACGAGUACAUCAUGAGUCUGAUCAGCGACAACGCAGCCAAGAUCCUGCCCAUCAUGUUCCCGGCACUCUACCGCAACUCCAAGACCCACUGGAACAAGACCAUCCAUGGCCUCAUCUACAACGCUCUCAAGCUCUUCAUGGAGAUGAACCAGAAGUUGUUUGAUGACUGCACACAGCAGUUCAGAGCAGAGAAAAACAAAGAGAAGGCCAAGUCAAAAGACCGGGAAGAGGCUUGGAUAAAGAUUGAGAACCUUGCCAAAUCCAACCCACAGUUACGAACGAGAGACCAGAGGAAAGACCGGCCUAUGAUGCGGCGUAAGUCUGAUCUCCCUCAGGACAUCUACACCGCAAAAGCCUUGGAGACCCGUCGCCGAGCCGACAUCAUGAUCCCUACCCGCGAUGGGCUCUAGGUCUGCCCCCCUCUCUCUAGUUUCCAGUCCCAUCUUCUCUCUUUCCUCUAGUGUCCAGUCCCCUCUUCUCUCCACCCUCAUCCACACAGCACAUUCAGAUUACUGGCCCAGUUUCCUCAUCGUCGCCAGUACACCCCCCCCCCCCCCGGAUUUCUGCUUUCUCAGGUGUUUCUUUUUGGGAGGGGUGGGGCCGCAACUUUCUUUUUUAGUCUUGCCGUCAAUUUUUUUUUGCUUAAUCGUGCAUAACAGUAUCGACUCAUCCCUCCAGGCUCUUACUGUACAAAUGAAAAUGGGGGAAGUUCCGUUCCACUAGCAACAUGACAAGCUCUUAUGUUCCCCCAUUGAGCGCAGUUGGUAGAGAGCAGAAACAGAAUGGGGGAGGCUCCUCUCAUGUCACUUUCUGUUAAGGGGAAACAAAACUAAGAACAGCCAUUGUUGGAUGGUGGGGGGUGACUGGAUCGACUUUUCGGAAGUUUUGUUUCUUCUCUUUUUUUUUUUCUUUUUUUUUGUAAUCCCAGGGACAUUUGCCAGUGCCAAGACUGUUUGUUCUUUCUGUGUCUGUGUUUUUCUGUGUGAGAGAAACCAGGAUGACUAUCUAGGUAGACAGCCUGUGUCGUUUGCCUUCGUUUUUUUGGAGCCUCAGAUGAUUCAAAUGUUGUUGUUUUUUUUUUUUAAUAAGCUGAAGAGCAACAGGACUUUCUGAAGUGACUGAUCCAUCUGUUCUGAUGAAGUCACUUUAUGACUAGGGUGGAGGGCAGGACGGGAGGUUCUCUGUGGACACUGGACUCUUUACACCCUACACUUUGUGCCAUGCACAUUCUUUCGUUGGAUUGAUUUCCUUUCUGUUGAAGUCCAUUGGCAAUAUGUGAGCCAGAUCACAAUGAAAUAUUGACAGUUCAAACAAUGGUACUUAUUUCAUACGGAGAAACACAUUGGGUGGUUGUUCGUCUGCACCCAGUUUGUCAUAUUCAAAAGCCCUUCUUAGACAUGUCAGUCUCCUUAAUUCAUACAUAAUGCAUGUCCCCAGUUCUUACUGCUAUUGGGAAGCUUCAUUUAACUCUCAAUGGCAAGCUAGGAAGUGUUUGGUUUGACACAGAGUCCAUCAAGACACCUGUAGCCACACGCACUGUAAUGCUACGUUAUGCAGAACAUUCCAACUGAAAUUACAUUAUGACACUUUACCUGGGGGUGUCAGUUUGAGGAAGGCGAGGUGCAGAAUUACUCAUCUCGAUCACAUAAUACGUUAUUUGGGAUGUAGGGUGAUGUUGUAGAACUGUGAUUCUGCACAGCCCGACUGUAAUGAAGUCCUUCUCAAAAGCACACCUUGUCCUCAGAUGCAGGCUUUUCAGAAGCCCUGGCGCUGCUUGCUAGUCAAGCAUGUUCCAGAAGUACACAUGAUAUCACAUGCCCUGAAGCCCCCCCCCCCCCACAGCGGUAUCACGUUUCCCUAUGUUGGUUUUUACCAGUGCCCUCCUACCCAGAGGUGCUUUGCUGUGGAGCUGAAAGGACUGUUACUUGUCUUGUUGUGAAGUACUGAACAAAUGGGGAUCAGAGAGCCGUUUAUGGAAUGGCGGAAUGCCACAGGAUGAGAACAGCACCGCUGUUUGGAUGACAACCGUUUCAUGUGACAGUUGAAUGAGCAUUGGAAGAGGUGAUUUCAAACCUGAAUACCUCUUUGGAUGAUAUCUGUAACCGUUAAGAAUAAGUCUAUUGAAAAAGCACUUCCUGAAACUUGAAAGAUGUGACAUGUUUGUGUAUCUUCAAUGAAGCGCUCUUCAGUGUCCCGUUGAGUCUAUAUGUACAGUUUGUUCUGCUUUCUCAAGUUCAGGAAGCUGUCCAUUUCCUGGACUGGACAAGGAAACGACCCAUAAGUAAGCAUUUCAGUCCACGCCUGUUGUUUACGAAGCAUGUGACUACAACAAUUUGAUUUGAUUGGGGCCCCAUUGUAAAUGUUAGUCUUUCUCUGGUACCAUUGUUUGAACUUGCAAAUCUAGUACGUGUAUCCAAUCUGUAUUGUCUUUUCUGUUUCUAGUCUCUGGCAACUGGUAGCCUGGAUGCUCAUUUUAGCAUUGUAGCUGCCAAUGGAAAAGGCCAAUGUUGAAAGACUGACAUCCAGGCUUGGCUUGGUAACUACAUUAUUAAUACUUAAAUGCAAAAAGGUGUUCAUAUAACUACCAUGUAUCUUUUGUCCUGGAUGAAUGGCACCCGCCGAAACAAUUUGACCCCCCCCCCCCCCCCCCACAAAAAAAAAAAAAUCUUCACUUUUAUAUAACAGUAUCAUUUGGAAAGAUGUUUGAUCAUUUUGCUUUUUAUUUGUGUUCAAACUGUUGUUUUUUUUUAAGACACAUCAAUUACUCGUAUGACAAGUUAGACAACAAAUGUUUUGGAUUGUUUUCCGGAAUUGUUUGCUUGGCCUCUGCAGGUUUUUAGUUAGAACAUGUACUUUCCAGAAUAUAAUAACUUGACAAGUGUCCUUUUGUCUGUGACCUGUACUAUGUGGCUUCAUUUAAUAUUGUACAUAUGAUUUACUUUGUUUUAUGUAGUGUUAUAUCUAGAUUAAUUUUGUAUAAAAUUGUCCUCUGUACAGAAUAAAACAUCAAUAGCAAUGACAAAGGAGUCAAUGUGGCACAUAACUUCUCUCUCCCCUGUAACUUUCUGCAUUAUUAGAAAUAACACAUCUAAUAUUUUCUUGAAUUCCCAAUUAUCUGUGACCAGAUUUCAGUCCGUAGCCUUUUGUGUGCUUUUAUCACAAUCUCAAGUCGUGUUCAUCUGUAAUAGAAUGAAUAAAGAGAAUAUUUGAAUUUUA